AUGCUCUUUGCGGAUGAUGUGGCACUUAUUGGGGAGUCCAAGCAAGAGACAGAAGGCAAGCUUGAGUUGUGGCGCCAGACUCUGGAAUCGAAGGGCUUCAGACUCAGUAGAACAAAGACUGAAUAUCUGAAGUGUGAUUUUGACGGAACCGGGACGGAUGAUGGAGAACUGUUACUAGACGGCCAGAUUGUACCAAGGAAAGAAUCCUUUCGAUAUCUGGGAUCUAUGAUCCACAGUGAUGGGGUGAUAAAGGAGGACAUUAGACACAGAUCCCAGUUAGGAUGGGCUAAAUGGAGACUGGCGACUGGGAUCCUUUGCGAUCGCAAGGUGCCAGUUAAGCUGAAAGGAAAAUUCUACAGGACAACAUUCAGGCCCGCAAUGCUGUAUGGAGCGGAAUGUUGGGCAACUAGAAGCUCGCACCUCAUGGCGCUCCAUGCGACGGAAAUGAGGAUGCUAAGGUGGGCAUGUGGACACACAAGGCACGAUAAAAUCAGAAAUGAUUGUGUCCGUGGGAAACUUGGGGUAGCGCCAAUGAAGGAUAUACUAUCACAACAUCGGUUACGCUGGUUCGGGCAUCUCCAGUGA